CCGCUACUUCUACAAACCGACGAGAUAUUCCCCGCUGUCAAAGAUUCCUCCACCGGCCCCCUUUCCCCCUUUCUCUUGAAAUCCCUAAAUUUUCAAUCCCCACCGAGUUUUUCUUAAUUCCAAUCUACCCCCUUUGAAAUCCAUCCUUUUCUCCGAUUCAAUUUGGUGAAAAGAUUGGAUUUUUAUCAAUAAAUAGGGUGUAUGGGUUGUGUGGGUUCCAAGGCGGAGGAGUCGCCGGCGGUGGCGCUGUGUAGGCAGAGAUGCACCUUCCUCGACGAAGCGAUCCACCAGCGAUAUGUCCUGGCCGAAGCUCAUUUAGCUUAUUUUCACUCGCUCAAGAACGUCGGUGUUUCGCUUCAUCGUUUCUUCAAUAUCCACUCCGCCGCCGUGCAGGGUGGGAGUAGCCCUCCGUCUCCGGUGCUCAACCUUCCUCCUCAACGGAAGGGAGAUUCUUCAAAGACUCCAGCUACUGCGGUUGUUCAUGAUCAUUCGCAUUCGAAUUCCGGUUCAUCUCACCUUCAUUUUCACUCUGAUUCCGAUGAAGAUUCCGGCGACGAUGAUGGUUCUAUUCAUUUACACUCUGUAAAUGACGGUUCAUCACCAUUGCAUCAACACCGACCGUACGGAAAUUUACCCUACUCUGAUCACCACGAAACUGCAGGUUCUUCUUAUCCCCCUGCUGGUUAUCCUCCGCCAGAUUAUCCACCGUCCGGUUACCCUCCGCCAGAUUAUCCACCGUCCGGUUAUCCUCCGUCAGGUUACCCACCUUCCGGCUAUCUUCCGUCUGCCGGUUAUCCUUCGUCAGGUUAUCCCCCUGCUGGUUAUCCUCCAUCUGGUUAUCCGCCGGCAGAUUAUCCUCCGUCAGGAUAUCCUCCAACGGGUUAUGCUCCGUCAGGUUAUCCUCCUGGUCGUUACACGAUGAAUUUUAUGAGAAAGCAACCGACUCCGUCCGUCGUGUACCAGCAACGGCCAAUGAGUCCGGAGGCUAUACGUUACGGUGAAGCUUCUUCAUCAUCAUCAUAUUAUAACAACAAUUCUAAUUAUCAAAACCUUAAUUCUUACUCGUAUAACAACAAUUACUCUAACUACGGUGAGUUUUUCGGCUCUUCUUCUCGACAACCACCGUACGGCGGUGUCUCAUCGCCUCCGCCGAUGUUACAAACAGAAGCAUCAUCUUCUUAUUCGAAACCCCCUUCUCCUCCUCCGCCUCCACCGCCACCAAGCUCGACGUGGGACUUUUUGAAUCCAUUUCAGACGGUUGAUAACUAUUAUUCUACUCCUUAUACACCAAGUCUUGAUUCAAGAGAAGUGAGGGAAGAAGAGGGUAUUCCUGAUUUGGAAGAUGAAGAUUCCUUCCAGGGUGAAGUUGUUAAAGAAAUACAUUCUUCAAAUGAGAAGUUUGUUGAUGGUGGUGGUGGUGGCGGUGGUGGCGGUGGUGGUGGUAAUGUUGGUUCAAAGAAGGCGGCAGUGGUUGAUGAGGAUAGUGAGAAAAGCUCUGUGGCUGAGCUGCAUUAUAGAAGUGGACCAAGUGUUCCUGAAGAUGAACCAGUGGAAUUUGAUGUUCAUGUGGUGGACAAAGAAGAGACAUCUAGAGGGGAAAAACCUCUUGCUGACUUUCAGAAUGAUUCAGAAGUUGUGAGAGAAAUUCAAAUCCAAUUCGAUCGUGCAUCAGAAUCCGGAAACGAGCUAGCAAAGAUUCUUGAAGUUGGAAAGGUUCCACAUAACCGAAAACAUGCUGCUUAUCAAGUUCCUUCAAAGAUGUUGAAUGCGUUUACACCAUCCUUAGCGGUAGCAGCUUCUAAAAGCUCUGCUACCGAAAUGGGCAAUCCUGCUGCCUUAGAUACCAACGUAGAUUUAAGGAUGAGGUCUAACAAUCUUUCGUCUACCUUGCAUAAGCUCUAUCUAUGGGAGAAGAAAUUGUUUGAGGAAGUUAAGAUCGAGGAGAAAAUGAGAUUACUCCAUGAAGAGAAGAACAGAAGACUGAAACGCUUGGAUGAGAAGGGUGCCGAACCACAUAAAGUUGAUGCAACAAGAACUUUAGUUAGAAGUCUCUCGACCAAAAUUAGAAUUGCAAUUCAGGUUGUCGAUAAGAUCUCUGUGCAAAUAAACAAAUUGCGAGACGAAGAGUUGUGGCCGCAGCUAAAUCACUUCAUUCAAGGGUUAACAAGGAUGUGGAAAUCGAUGCUCGAGUGCCAUCGUAGUCAAUGUCGAGCCAUUGGAGCUGCUAAACGGUUAGAUGCCAUUGCUUCUCACAAACACUUCAGUGACGACAGUCUUGAAGCCACAUUACAACUCGAACACGAACUUCUUAACUGGACUCUCCGAUUCUCGUGUUGGUUUGGAGCACAAAAGGGUUUCGUGACAUCAUUGAACAAUUGGCUUCUAAAAUGUCUUUUGUACAUCCCUGAAGAGACCGCCGAUGGACCUGUUCCCUUCUCUCCCAGCCGAAUUGGUGCACCAACCGUGUUCAUAAUCUGUAACCAGUGGGCUCAAGCCAUAGACCGAAUCUCCGAUAAGGAAGUGGUGGAAUCAAUGCGAGAUUUUGUGAAAAUCGUUCUUCAGUUAUGGGAACGGGAUAAGAUGGAAAUGCGGAGGAGGUUGGUGAUGCAUAAGAACAUGGAGAGAAAAGUUAAGGAUUUGGAGAAAGAGGAUCAAAAGAUUCAUAAAGAGUUGCAGGUGCUGGAUAAACGUAUAGUUCUUCCUUCCGGAGAAGAUAAUGGUCUCUCGGCUGUGUAUCAGAGCGAGACUAGUAAAAGCGUUAGCGCUCAAACCAAUCUACGACUUCUUUUUGAAGCGAUGGAAAGAUUUACGGCUGCAUCGUUGAAAGCUUGUGAGGAGCUUUUGCUGCGGAUAGAAGAAGAUAAGGUUUCUCGAGAGCAAGAGAGUGUUUCAUGAAGAACCAUGAAUAGAAAUGAGUAAAAUUAGUUCGUCAAGGUUCAACUGGACCAUCUAAACAAGCUCGAGUCCAUCUGGUUGGGUCAAAUGCAUCUGGCAUCCGGUUUGUGUAAAUUGGACAUGACACACGGCUCCCAGGUUCAUUCUUCCGUCGAUCCUUGUGAAUCCCUUCCGCUUGAUGUUCAAGCGUUAAAUCUUGAAUCGGGUUUCUACAUGCAGCGGUGUAUAAAUUGAACCAAGGUCUCCAGAAGCCACAACACAACAACUGGAAGGCGCACCAGGGGAGGUCCGUGGGUGCACCAAGGGACGUCCGUGACUGUGAGUGCACAACACUGUGAAAUAGGACU